GAAAACGUGUCUAUCUCUUUCAUUUGAUUGGUCUAUAUACAAGUCCAUUAUUUAUUUCAUGCAAAAAGUAUAAAUAUGAAGAUUUCUAUUGCAUUCGUUAUUAACUGUCAUUUUCUGUUCACAUCUUCACGCUGGGAUUGUCGAUUGAUAUUUACAUAUUUGGUUCAUCAUGUCGAAAAAUCAAAAUCAGCAAAAAUCUAUUGAUAUUCCAGUGAAUAAAGAUACAAGAACAUUUGAACAACAUAGACGUGAAAUGUUAACGGGAUUACAGCAUAGACAUAGAGGUGGUAAACGUCAAAAACUUGGAAUUACACCAUAUCGUGAUACCUGGUCAGAUGUGAUAGAUAAUUGGGUUGAUUCAUCAUGGAAAAGUUGGGAUGAUGAGAUUCGUAGACUCAGGCGUGGAAUGUUUGCGCUCCUGCCUCUUGAUACUUUCCGUUUGAGAGAAGGUUUUCCAGAUCCAUUUGACUUGAUGAAUCAUAUGGAGCAUGAAGUUGAAGAAAUGCGUAAUCGUAUAGGCAUGAGCAAGGCCCCAGUAACUGGUGCUUUGAGUGACUUUAUGAAGGAUGCCUAUGAGCUUGGUGAAGAUGGAAAGCUUCAUUUCAAAGUGCAUUUCGACGUAAAAGGUUUUGAACCUGAUGAUAUCAAAGUUAAUUCUACAGAGAAUCGUGUGAAUGUUCAUGCCAAGAAGGUGACAGAGUCUGAUUCUUCAAAGUCUUCUCGUGAAUUCUGUCGUGUAAUAGAACUUCCUCGUACAAUUGAUAAUAGUCACUUACAAUGUCGUCUAACAGAUGAUGGUGUUUUGAUGCUUGAGGCUCCAGUGAAAUCUCCAGAUUACGAGUCGAUUACAUUUACUGAUAAUCGUCAACUUGGUAUUCAUCCAAAGUCGACUGACCAGGUUCAGUCGAAACCACUUGUUGUGAAAGGUGUAUCCGGUCCACUGAUUUUAGAGGAUGAAGGGAAUAGAAAACUUCUACACGUUGAAGUCCCUGUGGAUCCUAUAUAUAAAUCAGAAGAUCUAUGCAUAAAUGUUGACUCCAAUCGAGUUGUUGUCUCUGGUCGAUGUCAUAAAACAGACGAUAAUCAUUCAAACAAGAAAAGUAAAACAUCAUAUGCAGAGUUUACUCAUUCAUAUGAAAUCCCAGAAACAGUUGAUCCAUUAUCAGUGACAGCACAAUUAAUUGGAAAUCGUUUGGUUUUGGAAGCGCCUCUGGUAAAACAACAUACAAUUGGACAUUAAUUAAUUAAUUUGUUAUCCUAAAUUGUUGACAUAUUUCUAGUCAUGCAUAUGUGUGUGUGUGUGUGUGAAAUAUUUAUAAUAAAAUAAUUCUUUCUGUAUUCAA